UGAUUUUGUACUUACAGAAGAUAUGAAGGAACCAGAUGACCCGGACGCUAAUGAGGGAAGAUCAGAGUCAAGGAGUGAAGGCAGGCAGUCUUCUAGAUCUGAUUCAAAACCUCAAGAAGACACCACAGAUGACCUAUAUACCGAUGAAGAAGAAUCAUACCUCGAUGAUGACCUGGACUUUGAAGACAUGGGACAAAAUUCAACUUCAUUUCAAGAUUUUCCUCAGAUUACUAGUUUAACCCAGGAACCUCCUCCUGAGAUUAAGGAAGAGGCAGAGGAGACUGUAAAGAAGAUAUCAGCGAAUUUCUUCUACAAUUAUGAGGAGCUUGUUUCCACACCCUAUGUGACGCCAGAAGCAAAUAUCCCACUGGAUUUUCUCACCCUUGAGCAUUCUUUUGGCUAUGACUGCAAAAAACGGGCCAACCUACAACUUCUGGAUAGCAGUACCGUGAUAUACAUUGCUGGGAACCAACUGGUCCUGCUGGAUUUUAAAACCAAGGACCAAAUAUACCUGCACAGUAGCAGUGGCCAAGGAAUUGGUGCCAUUGGGGUUCAUCCAGAUAAAACUUACUUCACAGUUGCUGAAAAAGGAAGUUUUCCAAAUAUUAUUAUCUAUGAAUAUCCUUCUCUGAGGCCCUACAGAAUCCUCCGAGAUGGGACAGAGAAGGCCUACGCGUAUGUAGACUUUAACAAUGAAGGGACCUUGCUGGCCUCGGUUGGGAGUCAGCCUGAUUACACAAUAACCAUCUGGAAUUGGAGAGAAGAGCAGCCUACACUGAGGACAAAAGCGUUUUCUCAGGACGUUUUUAAGGUCACUUUCAAUCCUGAAGAUGAUGAGCAGCUAACCACAUCAGGGUUAGGCCACAUCAAGUUCUGGGAGAUGGCCUUUACAUUCACCGGUCUCAAGCUGCAAGGGUCACUGGGGCGAUUUGGCAAAACAUCCACAAGUGACAUAGAGGGUUACACUGAGCUUCCGGAUGGGAAGGUACUCUCAGGAUCAGAGUGGGGUAACCUGCUGCUUUGGGAAGGCAGCCUCAUCAAGGUGGAGCUCUGUCGAACUGGCAUGAAGUCUUGUCACCAGGGUCCCAUUAACCAGAUAAUGCUGGAUGAGGGGGAAGUUAUUACUGCUGGCUCAGAUGGCUGUGUUCGGAUUUGGGAUUUUGAGACAAUAGAUACUGCUGACAUUAUAGACGAUACCGGAUUGUUGGAGAUAGAGCCCAUCAAUGAACUUCAAGUGGACAAGAAUGUUAACAUCUUCUCAAUGAUAAAGAUGAAUGAAAUUGGAAAUAACUUUUGGCUGGCUCAGGAUGCCAACGGAGCCAUAUGGAAGCUUGACCUUAGCUUUUCAAAUAUUACCCAGGACCCAGAAUGCCUCUUCUCUUUCCACUCUGGAGCCAUUGAAGCCUUGGCUAUUUCUCCUCUCACUUAUCUCAUGGCCACAACUUCCCUGGAUUGUUCUGUUCGUGUCUAUGAUUUUGCUAGCAAAACUCCUUUGGUUCAAACGAAAUUCAAACAAGGAGGUACUUCCAUUACUUGGGUACCCCUAACAGUGAGCCUCUCUGCAGCACAGAUUAUCAUAGGAUUCCAGGAUGGUGUUGUCCGGAUUCUGGAACUUUAUGAUCCAAAAGGACUUACACUUUUUGCAGGACGGAAGAAAAACUUAGAAGCUGAGUUACAUUUGAAACAUGUCUUCAAACCCCACACAGCUGAAGUCACAGCUUUAGCUUAUGAACGUGAAGGGGAGAUCCUAGCCACUGGGAGUAAAGAUAAUACUGUCUUCUUUUUUGAUGUGGAAAAAGAUUACAAGCCAAUUGGUUAUUUUAAUACUCCCGGGCCUGUCUGCCAGCUGAUGUGGUCCCCGGCCAAUUAUCCUGAGAGCACCUUAAUGACGGUCUGUGAGAAUGGUUAUAUUCUUGAAUGUCCAAUCCCAACCAUUAAGGAUGUUGAUGAUCAUGAUGUUGUCUCCUAUGAAAUCAAAGGCUUGCUCCUCAAAUGUUUCCAUUUCUCAAGUGUCAAGUCUAAGAUUCUGAGAUUAAUGGAAAUUGAAAGGAGAGAAAAACAGAGGGAGCUGAAGGAGAAGGAGAAGGAAGCAAGGAGGAGGAAGCUCGCAGAGCAGAGGGAAGCGUUUGGAGAGGAGGAGUUACUGGAGGAGGGCAAUGGUGAAGAGGAAGAGGAAGAGGAGCCUCUGCCUGAGAUCUUCAUCCCACCAACCCCCUCUCCCAUCCUCCGUGCCUUUUACUCAGGGCCAGGGAGGUUCUGGGUGUCACUGGGCAGCUAUGAUUCUGGUUUUCUAUAUCACUGUCAGUUUCCCCCACUUUCCAGUGCCAGUGACUUCCAAGAACAGGAAGAUGAACCAUUUGAUUUCCGUGUUCUUGAGGACACAGAGGACAACCCCAUCCAAACAUUCACUUUCAGUUCUAACCAGAUGAUGAUGUUCUGUGGAAUGAGAAACGGAGCAAUUCGAGUGUAUGUCCUCAGACAGAGUGACCCCUUCUUGACCAGUUUGCAUGACUACUGGCAUUUCAACGUGCAUGACAAUGAUUAUGGAUGUAUUAAAAGCAUCUCUGUCAGUUUUGAUAGCCAGUACUUGGUCACUGCUGGGGCAGAUGGUAAUAUCUUUGUGUUCAACAUUUUUUCUCAAUUUAUGGUUGAAAAACAGACCAAAGCCAAAGUGCCACCUCCCAGGUUUGGGAUUGAAUCAGAGCCCGUUCCAGAAGACAUUGAAGAUCCCAAAGCCUACAGUAUUGAGAACGCCAGGAGGAAAAGGGAGUAUGACAAGCUAAUGAAGGAAGUAGAAGAAAUAAAAGCCGCGAAGAGAGAGCAAAUCAAAGCUUUGAGGAAUGAAUUUUGGAAACUGUUAGAAAUGAAUAAAGAAUUACCGGUGCAUAUGCAGUUUCAGCGGACAGAUUUCAAUAUCGAUGCCACAAUUCAUGCUGAAAUCAAUAAGACAACAAUUUCCAAAAUUCAGGAAGUGGAGAAGGAACUAGCUUGGGAAAAGCAGAAAUAUGAACUGGGCCUGAAGAAGCUCCAGAACAGAUUUCGCGAUCCACUGGAAAGUGAUAUUGUUGUGGUGUAUGCCAUCCAGAGUGACCACCAGAUAGCAUCCUAUAGACUGGUGAAGCCGUCAAAGUAUUCCAAAUUAAAACGACCAAGUCAGUCGGAGAGAAGAGCGAGCAAAAUGGAGAGGUUUGAAAAGGAAGGUCCCGGAAGGAAGGAGAGCCUUAAAGAUACAAGCGGAGGUGCUAACCUACAAGAAGAAUCAAUCAUAGAAAAAGGGAAGAAAUAUCGGCCUAGAACCCUGAGUGAAAUUAUGGUAGGAAAUCAAAUUGAGAAAACAAGGAAACUUAUACAGAAAGCUGAACGGGCCCAGCUUAAGAUUCUGCAGCGCAAGAAGGAGUGGGAUGAGCUUUACAAGAGCAAGCCAGAUGAUGACUACGAAGACCCCAAGGACGUUCAGGCCAUCAGAGAAGCCCAAAUAUUCAUGGGGGAUUUCAAUCUGAAGACAUCCCCAGACUACAAGAUACCCGAGCACAUGAGGAUAAAUGCCGCCAAGAAGGAAGAGGAACUGGGGCACCUUGACUCAAUGGCCCAUGCAAAGAAGAAGUACAUGAACAAGUGCAUUCUUUCCCUUCGAGAUCUUAAGCUUGCUGUCAUCGAGGAAAUCCAGUGCCUGGUACAAGAACUGAAGAACAUUCAGUUGUCCAUCCCCUCGUCCAAGCACAUACCCAUUCCUCAAGUCCCGCAGAUAUAUCCAGAAGAAGUCCCAGAAAGGAGAUUUCAAUAUGACGAGGAAACACUCUUGAGAUUUCAGAGAAAGCAAAAGAAACGCCAGGGGGACAGGGACAGGGAAGACAGCAAGCAGGUUGGAUCUGGUAGCUCAGGUGGAGGAGGUUUAGGGUUCCUCAAACUAUCUCAUGGAAAGGAAGGAGAUGUGACAACGCGAGACUCCCUGUCUAGGUCAUCCAAGGCAUCAGCAUUCAUCUUGGAUCUUCCUAAGUCGUCAGAGUUUGAAAAGGCCGAGCCAAGUGAUGUGGAGCUGGAGAUCAUGAAGAGAGAAGAGGUCAAACAUUUGUACAUGCAACAGUAUUUGUGCAACAGGAUCAAAGAAUUGACUGUCACAUUUGAUGCAGAACUCCAUCUUCUGAGACACCGGAAGCUGAAGCUAGACACUAAGAUGAAACUAUCUGACCUACACCAUGUCACAUUAUUUCAAGAAAUGCUUCUCCUCAAGAAUUUUGAAAAACAGGAAAAUAUUCUUCAAGAGCGUGUUAAUUCUUUAGACAAAGAGGAGCAAGACAUGCAAUGGAAAAUAAAUGAAACUCAGAAAGAGAUGGAAGAGAAAAAGAAUGAGAUCACCAAGCUCCAGGAGCAGGAAAAGGCUCUCUAUGCCGGGUUCCAAUCAGCGCUUGGAGAAAAUAAUAAAUUUGCAAACUUCCUCAUGAAAGUCCUGAAGAAGAAGAUCAAGCGGGCAAAGAAGAAGGAAGUUGAAGGCGAUGCUGAUGAAGAUGAGGAGAGUGAGGAAUCCAGCGAAGAGGAGUCCAGCCUGGAGAGCGAUGAGGAUGCAUCCGGAUCUGAAGAUGAUGUUUUUGAUGACUCCAUCUGCCCAAACAACUGUGAUGCAAGCCUUUUCGAACUGGCCCUCCAACUUCGAGAGAAAAGACUGGAUAUAGAGGAAGCUUUAGUUGAAGAAAAGAAAAUUGUUGACAACCUGAAAAAAGAAUACGAUACAUUCUCCAAAAAAGUAAAAGUUGUGGCAACAAAUCUGAAUGCAGCGGAAGAGGCCCUGGAGGCCUAUCAACGAGAGAAACAGCAGAGACUGAACGAACUGCUGGUUGUCAUCCCUCUCAAGCUCCACCAGAUAGAGUAUGUGAUAUUUGGGGAGGUUCCUACUGAUCUUUCUGGAACCUUGGUCUUCUCUAAUCACUCCCUGGGACGGCUACAAGAACGAAUCAUACAGCUCCAGGAGGAAAACUGCAAGCAGCAAAAACUUAACAAAGAAUGCAGGGAGAGGCGGAAGAUACUCAUCCGGGAGAAGAGAGAGAUGUCAAAAACCAUCCAAAAAAUGGAAGAAACAGUCCGUGAUUUGAUGAUCAGCAAGUUUGGCCGAGUGAUUGAUCUGGAAGCCCUCCAGACACUUUCUGUGAACACAACACUUGAAGAACUGAAGAUCAAAAAACUGCGAAAGGAGCUAUCGAAUGCAAAGGAAAUUAGGAUGUGGGAGGAGAAGAUCGCUCAGAUGCGGUGGGAACUGAUGAUGAAGACAAAAGAGCACACCAAGAAGCUUCACCAGAUGAACAACCUGUGCAUCGAGAAGAAGAAACUCGACUCCAGGCUGAACACACUGCAGAACCAGCAGGGGAAUGCCUUCCAGGGCCCUCGGAAAGCAGACACAGUGGCAAGACAGAAGAUCGCCGAGCUGGUCCAGAACCAGUCAGAGAAGAUCUUGGCCUUGAAGGAGGAGAUUGCACUUUUGCGGAAGAAAGGAGGGCUCAUCCUCCCGCCCAUCAUAUCCACACAAGAGAACGAAAUGAAGUCCAUGGAUGCCUAAAUUCCCAGUCUUCUCAUUUUUCACCCAGAUUUCUGGCAGAACUCACCAAGUCUACUUCCCCAUUGUCGCCCACAACAAUCCUCUCGCUUUAAAGCGAAUCAUAGCAAGACCAUAAAAGCACCCUUCCGUGUGAAUCAACAUCUCUCCACAUUAGAGAUAACUGUAAUGUUUGACAUGUAAUUAUGGCCAUGCUAAGACAGGUUACAUUUUCCAGUCUAAGAUGACUAUGAAGAAGGUUGAAUCUCAUAAUUUAGGAAAGCAGCUGUUAUAUAGUGUGUUCUCAGAAACAUAUGUUUUUCUGGUAUUCUGAGUAUUUAGCCAUUGGCAAGAAAAACUAUUAUUCAGCAAUCAGUAAGAGAACUUCCUUUUCUUAGUCCUUGGAUCUUUAGAAAAUAAACUGUUUGUGUUAAGUAGUCUGUGAAAGGACCUAAGAGAAAAAAAGGCAAACCAUCUUGCCAAUAAUAACUUAGAAUAAGAAAUGCAAAUGUGAAUGUUGUUAUUGUUGACUUCAUAAAGCAGGUAUUUGAGGGCUGGGGAUUGAGGAAAUGCAGAUAGAUGCAGCAAAACAGCUCUUUUUGGGUUGGCAGAGGCAGCUUCCUGAGUCACCCACCAGUUCUGCAAACUCCUUAAUUCUGAGGUUCACAUUUUCCAAAAUAAGUCAGGGACGCUUUUCUCUAGGCUCUUUGCAACUCCAGCAGAAUUCUCCCUAGCUCUCCUCCAGUUUUCCUGUGCCCCAUGCCUUCUGCCAGGGUUCACUUGAGCUGUUACCGGCUUAGAUCCAGAUGAGGAAGGGAUGAAAUAGAUUUUCAUCUCUGAAGGACUAACACUAGCAGCCACUUCUGACUAUGUGUGACAUUUUAAACUUAAGCGUGUACUUUCAGGCUCAGAACAGGUUGAUUGAAA